AUGAAUCUCACCGACCAGGAGCGUGGCACCCUCCAGCACGUGGAGAGGCUGGGAGCUGCCAUAAGCUUGUUUGGUGUCUGCCUCAUCUUUAUCACCUAUGGCUUCUUCCCCCGGGUCCGCACGGUCCCGAAUACCUUCAUUUUCUUCGCCUCCAUUGCGAACGUCGGAGCCAGCAUCGCAUGUCUUAUCGGUUACAGCGGCAUCCUGGCCGGGGACGCAUCGGUCUUGUGCCAGGCUCAAGCAUUUCUUCUCGAGAUGUUCAUGCAAUCCGAUCCCUGGUGGUCGUUCGCCAUGGCGGUCAACGUCUACAUGGUAUUUUUCAUGAGCUACCCUCCCAAUCGAUUCCACAAGCACCUCUGGCUUUAUUGCCUCAUCUGCUUUGGCAUACCCGCAGUCCCAGCCUUCAUCUGCCUCAUCUAUGCACCGGGUGGGGAGCGCAUUUACGGCAAUGCCACGAUGUGGUGCUGGAUCAAUGACGCGUACAAUCAACUCCGGAUAUUCACCUACUACCUGCCGAUUUGGACGUGCAUUCUCCUAUCGAGCGCCAUCUACGUGGCCGUCGGGUACCACGUGUUUCACCACCGCAACCAGCUGCGCAACUUGACGCUUAGCAACCCGGCAAGGGACACCUACUGUGCGGAACGCAAGGAGUCGGAAAAGGUGCGCUUGAUCCCGGUCAUACCUCGACACUACCAGGAACAGCAAUGCUACGGCACCGUAACAACCGAGGUGCAAAUCACGGCCGAGUCCUCCGGCAGCCCAACACCGCCCUCCACUCCAGCCGGCUCCAUCGCCCCAGUCCUGAACCGACCCUCAACCGCCGGAGCUCACGCUCCCUGGGGCUCACCCGACGACGACGACGACAACAACAACUACGACAGCAGCGGCCCCACCUCCUCCACCACCCGCGUCGUGCGCGGCCACACCCACAGCAACCACCACACGCACGGCGGUGGCAGCAGCAGCGGCAACAACCACCACGCGCCCUUCACCACCACCCUAACCAUCACCUCCGAGCCCCACCCCCACCACAACAACAACAACAACAACACGUGCAACCACCCCAACCACCACCACACCAACCUCCCCACCGGCCUCACCCGCGCCCGGCACAAGUUCCAGCGCAAGCUCUCCACCCUCGACCCCAUCAAGCUCGCCUACCUGCGCACCUCCUUCGUCUUCGCCCUCUCCAUCCUCGUCACCUGGACGCCCAGCAGCAUCAACCGGGUCUACUCGCUCGCCUACCCGUCCCGCACCUCCUACGGCCUCAACCUGGCGAGCGCCAUCGUGCUGCCGCUGCAGGGGCUGUGGAAUGCGAUUAUUUUCGCGGCGACGAGCUGGCAUAUCCUAAGGGAGGAGUGGGUGGAGGCGAGAAGGAGGGGGAGGGGGUGCGGGGGGUUUUGGUGUGGCGGGGGGAGGGCGAGACGGUUGAGUGGUGGUGGUGGUGGUGGUGUCGGGGGUGGUGGUGGUGGUGGGUAUGAUGAUAGGGGGAAGCAGGUUGGUUUGUCGCUGUCGGGGCCGGGGUUUCGGAGUCAUGACGGGAGUAUCCCGGAGAAUCGGGAGCUGGCUACCAUGCCGCGGGUGGCGAACGUGCGGGUUAUUCGGGGCGGGUCCCUUUGA